ACACUGUAGCUAUGUGUAUCUGUAAAUCUUUAUCCACUCACUUCUAGCUCACAUACAGUGGAAAAUCAAGCUGAGUGGGUAUCCGCGUGCAGUGGAUGGAUUUGGGGUAAUUAAAUGGGAGCAGGGGGGCAGGAUGGCGUCUGCGUGCUGCCCUCACUGGCCGUGUCCGUGUGAUCAGCUCCUCAAGUCGGCACAUUUCGGAGAGGAAACGAGGCACGAGCAGGAGGAACACACCGACUCCAUUUCCCUGCCGACAAACAUGGACAUAGCGCUUUUACAAGAGCAGUACAACUCCAUCAGGGAGAAGCAGAAACGUGAAACCAGGGUGAUUUGUUUUGCGAAAGCACCAUCCACCAAUGAGGAGAUCUCUGGCAAAUCCCUGGUCAACGUGGUUCCCUUGCGACAGGCCCGACACACCCUUAUGAGGCAGGCAUCUGUCCAAGAACCUCAGUUUGACGUUGUCACAGAUCCAGACAAUGCCACGUGGCGCACACACCUGGGAAUGUACCGUAAGACCUGCUUGAUUCCUGACACCAGUCAAUCUCAACCCUGUGACCACAAGACUAGCACUGGAGACUCAACAUCAACUUCUACUGAUAACACAAUGCACAGUGUGGAGGUCACAGAUUCAAGCGAUCAGUUAUCUGAGGACUGUGAAGGUUACGCCAAUCAACAUCAUCUCAGCAACAAACUGCAGGAGGAUUGUGGAUCUGAGGGUUUCAGAAAGUUCUCUGCACCUGCAGUGUUGUCCAGACAGUUGAGCUGUGGGAGUUCCCGGUCCACUCAUACUCCCAUGAGUCCAUACUACCCCUUCCCCCAGCUCAAAUGUCCCAGGAAGUCUGAGGCGGCACGCAGGCUUGGGCUUUACUCUUCAUUCUGAUGACAAGAUUUAAAUGCGAAGAAACAAAUGACCAAGGGCUGUGCAAUAUUGCUUUCAUACUUGCACCAGAAAUACAUUAAUUUACAAUAACAAUUUUCCUGCAGCAUUAAAGUGGUCAGUGUUUACUUGCAUUUAUGAAAAUGGCUGAAAGUAUCGAAUCAUGUAAGUGUUAAUUCCAGGUUUCGUGUGUGUGUGGGGGGGGGUUUUCUUUUUUUUAAUAAAAUAUUCUGCAAAACAGUAGUGGUCUGAUUAAAAAAAAUUAAACAAUGUAAAGCAUUUGUCCUGAUUCUAUACAGAAUACACAUUCAUAUAAGCUGAAAACCUGAUACAAGUCAAUUUACAUUGAUGCUAGAGAAAGUAUAGCAUUUUAAAGGCUGCUUUGUCAGUGAACUGUGUUUGUGUGAGUGUGAUUUACUUUUCUCAGUUAUCUCAUCUUUCAAUCAUCAAGUAACUGCGUACUUGGUCAGUAUAUUCAUGCUUUAGUUGCUUAAUUAAACCAAAUGUGGAAUUGUGGACAGAGCCACCAAGAACAGCAUGGAAAAAUUCAUACUUUUGUAGUCAAAAUAUUGGCAACAUCUUCACCUCUUGAUGGGCCUUCUUUUGAGUUGAAUUUCUUGUAUGCUUGUGCAGCACAUUAUUUUUGCUAUACUAUAAAUUAACAUCUUUCAUGCAUGAGGGGGUCUGCUUUUCUUCCAGCAAGCCUGAGACAUCCUUUAUAACUGUACACAUGCUGUGAAAUGAAAAUGUUUUGCAUUUUGUUUGCUCUUUUUUUUUUUUUUUAACUCAAGGCAGUUAAUAUUAACCAGCUGGAGCGAGGAUUUUACAGAGCUGGUUUAAAUGAGGUGCCUUGCUCAAGGUCACAAUGUCAGCAGGACUGUAUUGGUUACACUGUGUUCAAGUUAUAGCCAAUAAAAUUAAUGAAGUGCA